ACCGGCUAGCAGCAGUAGCAGUGUGUAUUUUUUUUCUUGUGCUAGGAAGCGAUUUUUCACGUUUCACAAAUAAAUUAGAGAAUCGUAAGUUAUAGAUAAUGGACAUCCUGAAAGCGGAAAUUGCCCGGAAGCGGAAGUUGUUGGAACAGAAAGAGCUCGUGGAUGACACGAAGAAGUUCUUCAAGCGGGCUGACCUCGCCAGGAAGGAGGAAGAAGAGUACUACAAAAGAAGUGGAUACAGCCAGGAGAAGAAGCAGCAGCAGCAGGAGGAGACGGAGACGUCCACAUCAUCCAACCCUGUACUAGAGCUGGAGCUCACGGAGGAGAAGUUACCCAUGACCCUCUCUCGGCAGGAAGUGAUCCGGCGUCUGAGGGAGCGUGGAGAGCCGGUGCGUCUGUUUGGAGAGACCGAUUACGACGCCUUUCAGAGGCUCCGCAAGAUUGAGAUCCUCGCACCGGAAGUGAACAAGGGUUUGAGGAACGAUCUGAAGGCCGCGAUGGAUAAGAUCGAUCAGCAGUAUUUGAAUGAGAUUGUUGGAGGACAGGAAGCUGGAGAUCCAGACACACAGGAUGAUCUUAAAGUGCACGAGGAAAACACUACCAUCGAGGAGCUGGAGGCUCUGGGUGAAUCUCUGGGUACCGGCAACGAUGUGAAAGAUAUGGACGUGAUAGACAAAGUGAUGCGGUUCUUGCUGGGUGUUUGGGCUAAAGACCUGAAUAGCAGAGAGGACCAUAUUAAGCGGAGCGUACAGGGAAAGCUGGCCAGCGCAACACAGAAACAGACAGAGUCUUAUCUCAAGCCUCUGUUCAGAAAACUGCGCAAGAAGACUUUGUCUGCAGACAUUAAAGAAUCCAUCACAGACAUCAUUAAGUUCAUGCUACAGAGGGAAUACGUAAAGGCGAACGAUGCAUACCUGCAGAUGGCGAUAGGGAACGCCCCAUGGCCCAUCGGCGUCACCAUGGUGGGAAUCCACGCUCGUACCGGCCGAGAGAAGAUCUUCUCCAAGCACGUCGCUCACGUUCUCAACGACGAAACGCAAAGAAAAUACAUCCAGGGUCUGAAGAGGUUAAUGACAAUCUGUCAGAAGCAUUUCCCCACAGAUCCUUCAAAAUGUGUGGAAUACAAUGCUCUGUGACUGACGCGCGCACACGUGCUGCCAUUUCUAUUGUAAAUAAAUUGUAAAUAUUAUCAGAGCACCAGGCUGAAUAAAUAAAUGGUUUUUAAUAAGA